GUCCACCUUUCUGCCGUGGACAGCCUGCUAGCGUUAGCGAGGUUUCACCGAUAAUAAUAAAGACAAAACUGGAGCUGGCAGGUUCCUCUCUUCGCUGUCUGCUCACCUUUAAAAAGCCACCUCUCAUAUCCGAUGAGACCCGGAGAGUGUCCUCCAUCCCGGAGCUGUUGAGGGCCUCUGCUGGCGGACUGCGUCACCGAGUGGGCGCUGCAGGUAUUCAUCUGGCCAUGGCAGGAACCACCUGGAAACCAAAGUGACUGAACUUUUAUUCAUCAGCAUGGAGCCGGAGUCUAAUUCAAGCUCCGAGGCCCACCAAGAACCUAAACACCCCUCCAUCAUGCCCAAAUCUCAGUGCGGACUGACCAUGAAUAUGCAUGAGGUCACGGGUGAUGGAAAUGUCAACCUUGUGGACCCAGUAGUGAGAGGUGGGAGUGACCCCAGCGCAUAUCCGUCCUCCAGCUAUCAGAGGAAUGUGCAUCAGAGAUUCAUCAGGAGGAGCCUGUGGUUCUCGGACACGGACGAGCAGGCCUUCGAAGCACUAGAGUGUGACAACAGGAGUAAGAUCCUCAACAUCAACCUGAGGACAAUCGUGGACAGGACUCGGGGCACGAGCUGUGGGAUACAGGAGGGCUCCAGCACUGAGAGUCAAGGUGGGCAGAAAGACAGUGCAACAGAGAGCGCCAGUGCCGACGAGGAGAAGGAGAAGGGUGGAGAUGCGUUGAGUGUCACAUGCAGCGAUGGGAGCAGAGCUGCCAUAAAGGCUGCGAGUGAGGAGAACGAAGAGGAAGCAGAGAUGAAGGCCGUCUCCACGUCUCCGGGGGGAAGAUUUCUCAAGUUCGACAUCGAGCUGGGGAGAGGAUCCUUCAAGACGGUCUACAAAGGCCUGGAUACUGAGACCUGGGUGGAGGUGGCCUGGUGUGAGCUACAGGAUCGGAAGCUAUCCAAAGUUGAACGCCAGCGCUUUAAAGAGGAGGCAGAGAUGCUGAAGGGUCUACAACAUCCCAACAUUGUCCGUUUCUAUGAUUUCUGGGAGUCUCCUCUGAAAGGAAAGAAAUGCAUCGUUUUAGUAACGGAGCUCAUGACGUCAGGGACGCUGAAAACCUAUUUGAAGCGCUUCAAGGUGAUGAAACCCAAAGUCCUGAGAAGCUGGUGCAGACAGAUCUUGAAAGGACUGCACUUUCUCCACACCAGGACACCUCCCAUCAUUCACAGGGACCUUAAAUGUGAUAACAUCUUUAUAACUGGACCGACGGGGUCAGUGAAGAUCGGUGAUUUAGGACUGGCAACCCUCAAAGCGGCUUCGUUUGCCAAGAGUGUCAUAGGCACUCCAGAGUUCAUGGCUCCAGAAAUGUAUGAGGAGCACUACGAUGAGGCGGUGGAUGUCUACGCCUUUGGCAUGUGUAUGCUGGAGAUGGCCACUUCAGAAUAUCCCUACUCUGAGUGCCAAAAUGCUGCUCAGAUCUACCGCAAAGUCACAAGUGGAGUGAAGCCUGCCAGCUACAACAAGGUCAUGGAUCCUGAAAUCAAGGAGAUCAUCGGGGAGUGUAUCUGCCAAAAGAAAGAGGAGCGAUACACAAUCAAGGACCUGUUGAACCACGCUUUCUUUGCUGAGGACACAGGUGUGAGGGUAGAGCUUGCAGAGGAGGACGACGGGAAAAAGGCCUCAAUAGCCCUCAAACUGUGGGUGGAGGACCACAAGAAAUUAAAAGGGAAGUACAAGGAGAGCGGAGCCAUCGAAUUCACGUUCGACUUGGAGAGGGAGGUCCCUGAGGUGGUGGCUCAAGAAAUGGUGGAGUCAGGCUUCUUCCACGAGAGCGAUGUAAAGACUGUGGGGAAGUCGAUCAGGGACCGUGUGGCACUGAUCAAGUGGAGGAGGGAGAGAACGGUGUCUGCUGCAGUCCAGGGUGACGGAGUGCACCGGAUCCAGAUGACGCCGUCUCAGGGCAUGUCUGCCGGGGCUUCGCAUGUAGGGCAGCCCCUUUUGCUGGAGCCAGAGGAGACGGAGGCAGACCAGCACAACAGGCUUCGUAACCUGCCUGCCAGUGCCACCUCGGUCACAUCAGACAGCACGCUUGACAGUGGCAUGGGCUCGACUGUGUACUCGGAUUCCCACAGCAGCCAGCAGAGUGUCCUCUACCAGUCCCUGCUGGAGCCUAUUACUAUGGCAACACCGCAGUGGAAGAGCAGUAGCCCUUUUGUGACAGAUCGACCUCGUUCCUGUGGCAAGGGCGAAGUGUGGGGGGCAACGCUGAGCCCAGAGCUCAGGGCUCGAUUGGGAGCGGCGGGCCGGAGGGGAAGCGCCCCCGUUUUUGACACUCAAAGGGCAAGCCAGAUUGCUCAACUUCAUGCCCUCAUUCAGUCUCAGCGAUCAGUCAGUCCCACCCUGACGGUGGCAGAGAACCCGUCCGAACUCAGUCCCACUGAGCUGAACUCGGAGGCCGAGGAUGGGUUUCCCUCUCGGGCAGCUCCGCCCGCGCUGCAAGUUUCCCCCGGCACCUCGCCUCCUGAGUACCGUCGACUCAGUGACACCAGCGUCCAGCUGCCCUCUGAGACCAGCAGUGAAAAUCCAACAGUGCCCACCUCCGGUGCACGAAGACACUCUGACCUCAGCAGUCUACUCAGUCUUACCUCUCAUCAUCACCACCAUUUGGCGACACAAAGAGGCUCUGUGUGCCAGGCCUGCCUCGCUUUGGUUCUAUUGAGAUCACAAGACAAGAGUCACCGUCGGCCUUCCCUUGGAAUAUCAACACACCAUGGUCCAUGUGAUUCUAGACGUCAGUCAUUAUCUGGCGGAAUAUCUAGUUAUGGACUGAAAAAAUGUCCAAGUGAUUCCAAUUUUUCACUGCUCCAGCAGUCGCUGUUUAACAUAAUCAGUCGCAAAGCAGCCCCUUGUCACAACGCCCACGUCCAGGCCUCCCUGCAGCACCCCGUCGCUGCCCUCAAGCCUUCCCACAGCGACUGCAACCUGAAGAGUCGUCUUCAGAGUGGCAGUGUGGUUUUGGACCAAAACUCUCUCCAGGAGUGUGAGGGCAGAUUCUGUGCUGGACGAAAGCAAGUUGCCGGGGCUGUAGGAGUGGCCAGUUCUGCAGGUCAUCAGAAUCAGCCGUCUGCCCAGGGCUUGCCCUCUUCCAGCACAGCAAUGCACACACAGCCACAGUACCUCCAGCACGGACACAGCUACCCCGCUGCUCCUUAUGCUGGUCAGCUGAACGCUUCUGCACCAACUCCAGCCAGCAUGUGUUCAGUGAACAUCCAGCAGUCAGGCGGUGCUUCUAGCUACACACUUCCAAAUCUGCAGCAGUCGCAAGCUGCAGCAAGUAUUGGAACGUCAGCGCUGCUGCAGCAGCACGUGCAAAGCUACCAACCGCCAGGUCCCCAACAACAGCAGGCCGCAUCAGCAGGCGCUUCAACUUUUCCCUUGCACAUCCAGAACUCUCAGAACUCUGCUGCUGCAACUCAACAGGCUCCAUCUACACUGGGUUAUCCCGCAUCAGUACCACAACAGACUGGAGCAACCACCCUGUCAAUGCAACAGCCGGCGCAAAGCUGCCCUCUUGCAUCUGUAGCCACAAUCCAGUGUCAGCCUGCACAAGCUCCCAGCACGCUGCAGCAGGUCCAAGCCACAGUCAAUUUGCCCAGUCAGCAGCCUGGCCAGAGCUCCUCCACACCAGCACUUUACAGUCAGCAAAUAUCCAUUCAGCGAGAGCACCAACAGCCCUUACCACAAAACACUCAAUCUAGUAUACAACACUCGCAAAACACUGGGCAGGCAUUUAUUCAGCCGCAGCUGCAGCAUGGCCAAGAAAUGGCGCACGCCAUUCACCAACAAAUGGCACAACAGUCCACCCACAGCUCUCUUCAAACAGCAAUGCCACAACACAGCCAGGAUACGUCUCUGUCUCAUCCCCAUUCAACACCAACUUCAGCUGUGCAGGUGGCAGCAAACCAUCAGGGUUACUCUGCCGCAGCUUUACACGAUGCUCCAUCUCAGAGUUAUUCACAGUCAGUCCUUCAGCAAACAGCUUCAGGUCAGAGCCAGUACCUGCUGGGACAAUCUGCUGCUCCCUCUCAGAAUUAUGAAGGAAGUAACCAGGUAGUGACUCAUCAGGGCCUCCCAGCCUCUUCUCAGCAGAGCCAGCCUGCACAUUUGACCCCACAGAGUAUCCCUGCUGGUCAGUCCAUUUCACAGCUUGGACAAGACGAACAGAGUCUUAACCAGUCAGCCUCCAGUGUGUCAGCUCAUUCACAUCCUCCCCAACACUCAGUGACUCAGACUGCUGUCCCACAACAAAUACAACCUCUGCAGAUUUCAGCCUCACUCCCACAAUCACACCCGUCCCAGUUUCCUUCACAAUAUCCCACAGUCCAGGUGAUGGCAGCUGUGACUGACUGUGAAUCCUCCUCCUACCCUCACGCCUGCACUGCUCCUCACCCUUCGAUAUCUUCCUCUUUUAAUCACAUCUUCCUUUCUCCCGGACAAGCCGUUCCCGUCACCCCCUCUGUCUCCCCGCUGUCCCCUCUGAACAUUGAAAACGCUUUAGUUUCCCCCGUCCCGGUGUCCCUCAUCCCUUCCCCCUCGCUCGUGCCGGGUCAGUUGGAACCAACGUCGCCGCAGCAUCAGUCCACUGCUGCUCUGCAGCACAGUGCUCGAUACGACGCUCCUCCUGUACAGCCUGCUUUUAUCGCCACAUUAGCCCCCAUGCACACACACACUGUCCCAUGUCUGAAUACACACACUGCCGCAAAUGGCAACAGUCAGCCUCUGAUUCAGGUUCCUCAGCAGGGCCAGGUCAGCCACCCUGAUGGUCUCCCCUGCACUCAGUCUGUUCAACUCACACAACCUCCGGUCUUCUCUGCACCGGCUCAGAGCGGGACAGACUUGGGACCGGCCACUAAGGCUGCCCAGCUGGACAAUGUUGGCUCCUGCCAACAGUCCCCACCGGUCCAGCUCCAGAGUCACAUUCAAAGCCAAAAUUCUGUGCUGCAGUCCUCUGACUCUCAGAAAGCCUCGUCGGGGUCUGCCAGCUCCAGUUUGACUCAGCAGAAACUACUCAGUUCUGCUUCAGGAGCUGCAGCUCAGGGUCCGGCAGAGACCAGCGCAGAGGACCAGUUUGCAGAGAAACACACUGCAGGACAAAGCUAUGACAGUGUCAAUUCAGAUGCCACGUCGGGAAAGGAGAUGAGUGACGGUUACGAAGGGACACACGGAGGCAAAGGUGAAGGGAAAGUCCGUAAACAUCACCGCCGGUCGACUCGAACUCGUUCUCGACAGGAGAAGAUCAGCAGGCCCAAGCUGAGCAUGUUAAACGUGUGUAACACCGGUGACAAGAUGGUGGAGUGCCAGCUGGAAACUCAUAACCAUAAAAUGGUCACUUUUAAAUUUGACCUUGACGGAGAUGCGCCAGAAGAGAUUGCUACCUACAUGGUGGAGAAUGAUUUCAUUUUGCCUCUGGAGAAAGAGGUUUUCAUUGAACAGCUGAAAGACAUCGUGGACAAAGCCGAGGACAUGCUGAGUGAGGACACCGAGGGCGAGAGGAACUCGGACCAAGGACACAGCCCCAAACCCAGCGACGGAGCCGACACUUUGGGAACAGAGGCCUCUGCACCGAGCACACCACAGCUGGUGUACCAACAAAAUGUCCUCCAUACUGGAAAGCGCUGGUUUAUCAUCUGCCCUGUGGCUGAGACACCAGCGCUAGACAAAGAGACCACAACAUCGCACACCUCUACGGCCCAGGAGUCUGAAAAGUCCGCCUCGUCAUCAGUCAGACCGACCGGUAGCGCAGCUGCUACGACUACUCCGGUCACAUCUUCAUCCUCCCAGAACUCCUCCUCUUCUCUUCCCACCGCCGCUCAGACCUCGGUACAACCUCCAGAACAAGCCAGUGGAAAAGGCCUGGUCCAGCAGACCCAGCCGUCUGUGGCUAAACAUUCUCCUGCUGCUGGCGGACUCGGCCAUCACAACGCCCUUCCUGUGGAAGAACCCUGCAUUUCUGCCGUCUCCAUGGUGUCAGACAUGCCCUGCUGCGCUAUUGUGCCACCUGUCUCUCUGGACGUGAGCACCAUUGAUAAAGGAGGAGCCGGUGGUUUGGCCUCAUCUCAAACUAAUCAGUCGAAUCAGAAACUCAGCCCUACCGGGGAACUUCCCUCUCAGCUGGCCUCCCAUCAGUCUGUGGUGCUGCAGCAGCCGUACGCCACACCCAUGCAGCCUGGGACGGUGACUUCACAGCCGCAGAGUCCAGCGCAUCAGAGCUCCCAGGGCUCCUCGGGCCAGCAGCAGGGCGGAGGCCCGGGAGAGUCGGACGGCGAGGGGCCACGCAGGGUGGAGUUUGUCGACAGGACGAUCAAAACUCUGGAUGAAAAGUUGAGAAACCUGUUGUAUCAGGAGCACGGUCCCUCCCAGCCCAGCAACACCACCGCCGACCCCCAGGCCUCCAGCACGGAAGGAGUCAGCUCCCCGCCGGUGUCAGACGGCCAGAGCUCGGAGGGAGCGCACACAAAGAAAGGAGAACCACUGCCUCAGAUUCCUGAGCGCCUGGAUAGUGUGGGUGCGCUGAGUGACUCUGCAGUUGCAGCUACAAACAAGGUCUUGAAGCGAAGAGAUGUGUCUGCAAGCUCCACUUCAUGCAGCUCCAAAAGCCGCUUUCAAAUCGUCCCAACUCCACCGGAUGUCAUUAGUCGUUUGGAGAAAAGCAAGACCAGCUGCAGCAGCUGCAAUUCCCCAGCGCCCUCUAGUGGUUCUGGAGGUUCUCACAGCCAGACGCAGUGCAGGGACAGGAGGGAAAGCGGCAGUGCGGCUGUGUCCGCGUCCCCAGCGCCGCCCGACGACGCAGGAAUAUCCAAACUCCACAGUCACCGUUACUCCGCCCCACCAAACUUCUAUCAGCCGACCCCGACGUCCAGUCCCGACAUCACCCCGCGCCACAUCCCCCGGGCCCAGACGAUGGACGCCACGACCCGUCACCACAAUCACCAGCCGCCGCACGUUUACUCCGAUUCGGCAGAUGAAGAAAGCAGCAGCGUGGCUCCUCCUGCUCACCACGCUCCACCCGCUCACGCGCUGUCGGAGCACAGCGGAAGCGACCUCAUGAAGAGAGCCGUCGCCUUUCUGCGGCGUUCCGGGCGGAGCAAAAGCGAGCAGAGCUCUGAUUCACCGGGCCGGCAGCCAGUGGCCAUGAACGGUCACACUCCACCUGCUGCGGGACACCCCCACUCGUCCUACAUCAGCAGCGACAAUGACUCCGAGUUCGAGGAUGCAGAUAUGAAGAAAGAGCUCCAGAAACUGAGAGAAAAACACAUGAAGGAGAUCUCAGAGCUGCAGGCGUUCCAGAGGAGUGAAAUUGAACACUUGUAUAAGGAGCUGGGUAAAGCUUUGCCCCCGAACGUCAGCCUCCUCCACGCUGCACCGCCAACCGGCCGCAGGCGCAGGACCAGCAAGCACAAGCUGAAACCUGGAAAACUGCUCAAUCCCAUGGUGCAGCAGCUCCGGAACAAUCUCAACACCAGCAAUGUGGAGAGGAAAGGUGAAAGCACCGCCAGUUCAUCUGGCUCUCCGGCCAAGAGCUCACUUCUGUCAGAUGGCUCUCCUCACUCCAGCGGCAGCUCCAGCUCCAGCAAUCAGAGCGGCGCCGUCCCGGAGCAGGUCCACACCCAGCAGCCCUGCUCCCUGAAGGGCUCCUUCUCCUCCGACAACAUCUACGCUGGGCUGCAUGGUGACGGAACGGCUCACCAGGCUGGCAAUGGCCAAGGCUGGACGGUUUACCACCAAACGUCAGAGAGAGUCACCUAUAAAUCUAGUAGCAAACCACGCACUAGAUUCCUCAGUGGACCUGUGUCUCUGUCCAUCUGGUCCACUCUGAAACGACUAUGUCUAGGCAAAGAGCGCAGUAGUAGGUCUUCUCUCAACCCCACAUCUCAAACGGCCUCCGGUCAGACGCAGACCCUCAACGCGGCCACCUCCUCGCCGCCUCCUCAGCCGAUCACGCGGCUCGCUCAGGUCCAGACCAACAACAGCAACAACAAGAGAGGCACGUUCACCGACGACCUCCACAAGCUGGUCGACGACUGGACCAAGGAGACCAUAGCGGCGGCCAACCCGCCGCGACUCUCCCUGAACCAGAUGAAACAGCAGAGGCACCAGCAGGGCCUGCAGCACACAGCGCCACCCAUGGGAGCACGUGAGAUGAAACGUCCUCUUGACCGCAGCAAGUUCCAUCUGCCUCUCUCCUGCCCGCUGACGGCUGCUCUGGGCCCCGCGAUGCCUGCGACUCUCGCUCCAAGCUCCUCUGCAGGGCUGGCUCCUGGUUACCUCGUGCCUGCAGGCUCCUACGGACGGAGGGUCCCCAGUCCUCUGUAUGCCCAGCAGUGGCCCACCAUGCCGAGCCCCGUCGGGUCCGUGGUUCCCAUCGGCCUGCUGGGCACCGCAAGGAUGAUGCCCUAUUCCACAAUGGCAAAUCCUGGGAUCCAAGGUUACCCUGUGGUCAUGCACAAUCCUGAGAAUGGCCCCUGUCCAAAAACCACGAGGACUACCUGAUCUGUUGUGUUAGUGUGUGUGACUGUGUGUACGUGUGUGUAUGUGUGUGUGUGUGUGUGUGAGACUGUGUCUUAGCAAGACAGUUCAGCUUCUCUCUGCUCUAUUCACCAGAGUCACACAUGUACAUAGUCUGGUCUUGUAAAUAACAUGGCGCAAGUGUUGAAAUUCCUUUUACAACACGUGUGUGUGCGUGCGUGCGUGUGUGUUUGUGUGUGCGUGCGUGCGUGCCUGUAGAUAUAUGUGUAUACUGUACAGUACAUGUGAGGUAUGUCUGAAAAUCUAAUGCUUUCUGGUUUUGGUCUUGACUGAACUUAGCCAUACAAGACAUUUUAUCUGUGGUCACAAAAGCAUAUUUAACUUUCUCCUGUGUUACUGCGGUUUUCACAUUGCUUUUUGCCUUUCUGUGUUACGUACACUUUAAACACUACAUUGGAAUCCAAAUACCAGUGGCGUGCGAUAAACUUAAGAGGACAGUAUUUAUGAUGGAAAUAUGUGAAGGAAUGUAGUGCCUUGAACAUUGAUUUAUAUUUUUUUUCCUUUUUUAAAAUUUCAUUUGACAGUAGCUUUGAGUGCAGUUAUUUUUUUGGUUUUUAAAUGCAUUUCAGACAAUUUUUCUUUGGUUUACAUAUGAAUGCCCUUGUAGAACUGCACUAUUAACACAGUACAUUCUCUUUAUUUAAAUAAUAAAGUUAUGUUUUAACUCUUGUUUACUUUCCCACCCCUGUGACAGAUGGAAUGCCAUAGUGGUGAGAUGUACCGAUGCCUUGCAGAAACAAAUGGUUGACGUGUGACUGAUGAGGGAAGGAAAAAAAAAAAAAAACGCCAGCAGCCAAAAUCCACUCAUUCAGGUCGAAUGGUUCAGUUGGACACAGCCUCCUUUUUUUGAUAGGACAGCCGAAGCGUUGGGCAGCACGAGAGCUGGCGGUGUUGUAGCCUUGUGUGCGGAGGAAAACGGCGGUGUUCAGAGCCAUACAUACUGUACAUAGUUCUUUCUACAGUAUAUGCCUCUGGUAGUGUUCUGGUAAGAAUGUAGCAAUUAAUGUGAAGCGUUGAGGCUCAAAAAGUGCAAUUUUACCCCUCCACAAAGCUUUGAUCGUGGCCUUGCCACAAGCCUUACCUCUUUGUGCGACAGGAGCAAGCUGAAAAGUUAAACUACGCCACAAACCACCCACAGCAGCAGAUAUUACCCAGUAUAGUAUAAAAAUCACAAACCACAAAGCAAAUUCUGAAUUCACUACUGAUAAAUGUUCUUAAAACUUUGGUUGUUACUCAGCGUACACUUUAUAUAUAAAAAAAAAUAAAAAAUAAAUCUUUGCAAUGACUAAUUAAUUUUAUUUAUUUCCUUUUUUGUAAUGCUGCUAUCAUCUGACAAGGUGAUCCCACUGUCUACUUCUGUUCACACAUGAUGGUACUUAGGAUGAGACUCCUCAAAUAUGAAACCACCUCCAAGCAGUGUUAUUGCCUUGUUGAAAUUUGGACGUGUUGAUUUCCCAGACGGCAUUUAAUGACAUCCUCUUUUUGUUUCCAGUAAUAUUCAAAUGAUACUUGAUGUGGGAGAUUUGCACAACAUAUGGUCUCUCUUUAUUCUGUGUUGAAGAGUUCCUACACUGUAUAUAAAGUGGGCGUCACCCACCUGUACUUUUUUUAAACCACUGACAAGCAUGGCAAACUUUUCAUGUUCCACAAGGCAAAGAUAAACAGUCGAGCUCCUACAGUGUAAAACGUCAUGUCUACACAACACAUUUGAAAGAUUUCAGCACCCCAAUCCUGCCAAGCUGUGAAAUGUACAGUUUUUUUGUCGUUUGUAUUUGUAAAUUUGUUCGACUGCCUCGGGGUAAGGGUGGCGGUGGAGGAGGGGUUGCUUUUGAUGUAUAUUAUUCCAUCAAUUCGGUUUGAAUUGGACUUUUAUAGGAUAUUAUGCAGAGUCUUCUGCUUUGGUGAAAUACUUCCAGUAGUAAGAGAUUUCUGUUCUCUGUCACUCGUAUCUGGUAUGUUUCGUUCCACCUCCUUCGCUGCUGAACUCGCAGAGAGCAGAGGAGGCAGUAACUAAUCCUGGCAUAUUCAUUUGGAUGCAGAAAACUGAGGGCUGAAAUGCUCACAGGAGGAGGGGCAGAGAAGUCCCAGCUGCUUUUCUCACUGCUCCUAUCGAUAUCGACAACAGCGCCCCCUGGUGAAUAUGUUGCAGAUUGUCCACGGCUUGUAUUUAAAGUGGUGGGAUUGCUUUUUGCCUGCUGUAUGUCCCACUGCAUUACCCCACCCUAUCCUGCUGCACUCUUAUCACAGACUGUAUGUUGAGAGAUAAAUAAAUAUACUUUUGUGCUUGAU